AUGCACCCGGCGCGGGUGGACGACAUCAAUCCCCAAACCCGCCCUGUGCAUUACGCCUCUUUCCCGCCACUGACGCCGGAGGAGGUUGCGUACAUACCUGUGUGGCCUUGGGAGGACGGGGGCUUGAAGUUGCAGGAGUGCGCGGUCUGCCAAGGUGCCGCUGGAGACGAAGCGAAUACGACGGCGUUGGUGAAGGUCUUCCCCUGCAUGCGCACCAACCCAGACACCGCCGAGUCGAGGGCCAUGGCGAUCAUCAAGAACUUGCCCAGCAGGUGCAGAGAAGAGGCCGUGCUCGACGUGAUCUCGCAGCUGGGCUUUGGAUCCGAUGUCACCGCCUUCAGGAUGCCGACGCGCGUCGGAAAGGGCAACAGAAAGUUGAACAGGGGUUUCGCGUUCCGAAUUUCCAGGACGAGAGUGCGUGCCGGCGGUUCGUGA